AUGAGGACGCGCCUCCUAGCGCGACGAAGCCCAUUGCGGGAGGCUCCACCGAAACACCUUCGUCGAGCUCGAGGAGAUGGUUCAUGGGGAGGGCUCCGCCAUGACGUCGUCCACUCCGCCACGCCGCCGCCGACAAGCUCGAGGAGGAGGCACCACAUCGAUCAUAAGUCCGACGGCGAGACCGUCCAGUGGUUGCUGCAGCAGGCAGAGUCAGCCAUCGUUGCCGCCACGGGGACGGGCACCAUCCUAGCGUCAUCCGUCGCGCCCUCGCUCCCGUUGCCCAUCGCCGUCGUCUUCGAUGCCGUUGUGGCCGUGACUGGGCGGCAGGGCGGUGGGCGGCGAUGUCCAGCGCGAGGAGAGGUCAGGGCGAGAGGUUCCAUGUUCUCCUGCUGCGAGGCCAAUCUCAGCAACGCGCCACCUCUUGAUGUUGUUGUUGUUGUUUUCCCUGAUGCCGAUGGUUCGUCUGUCGCGCCCGAGCCGUACGGCGGCAGAGUUCAAUGCGGGUGA